GUUAGCAGACACCAGUCACACUCACACCACACUGGUCCAUUUGCAUUGCUUAGGGUUUUGGAGCAGAUUCAAUUCAGCGUUACUUCAAUCCAAGCACAUGGCCAAAGGAAAGCAUUCGUAUACCCGAGCACAGGGGAAGAAGUGGUCAACAUUCUCGCUGGUUCUAUGGGCACUUUUCUUCCUCACACUUAUCCUCGUCCUGCUCCUUGCUCUCGGCAUUGUUUAUCUUCCAACUACUGACGAUGAUUUUCCAACCCCGGAUCUCAGCGUCUUCAGGCGCAAGACCUCUCAAAGUGGCGAGAGUUUGGUGGAAAACUCGGAGCAACGGACCGAGAUUUUCUCUUGGGAGCCAAGAGCGUUCAUCUAUCACAAUUUUCUGGUUAAUUAGGCAAGUUUGAAGUGCUGUUUUUCACCUUCUC